UUGUUGUAUUAUAUUAUUGUUUAUUUACAAUAUAUGUUGUUGCAUUUAUUGCAACCCGCACCUGUAUGCUAUCAUCAAGUUCUCCAAUAACUUUUGCGGGGAGUAGUAGCAGUGCAAUGCAACAACAAUCCAAUGCUUUUGCAGCCUAUGGCGAUCAUAGGGGUGGCAUCCAAACAGGCUUGGACAUUGAAUAUGGCACAGAUCCGGCAAGUGGUAGCAUAUUUAAAUAUGAUGGGCGUAAACAUGAUGAUCUGAAACAAAUGUUGGAUAGCAACAAAGAUGGCUUGAAAUUGGAGGCAAUGAAAAGGAUAAUUGGCAUGAUUGCCCGGGGCCGAGAUGCAAGUGAUCUGUUUCCGGCCGUUGUGAAAAAUGUUGUAUCGAAAAAUAUCGAAGUGAAAAAGCUGGUAUAUGUGUAUUUGGUGAGGUAUUGUGAGGAUCAACAGGAUUUGGCAUUGCUGUCGAUAAGUACCUUUCAAAGGGCCCUCAAGGAUCCAAAUCAAUUGAUAAGGGCAUCGGCAUUGAGGGUAUUGUCCUCGAUACGUGUUAGUAUGAUUGUGCCAAUUGUAAUGUUGGCCAUUAGGGAUAGUGCCAGCGAUAUGAGCCCCUAUGUGAGGAAGACGGCCGCCCAUGCUAUACCGAAAUUGUUUUCCGUUGAUCCGGAACAGAAAGAUGAGUUGGUGACAGUGAUUGAGAAAUUGCUAUCGGAUCGUACAACAUUGGUGGUGGGUUCGGCUGUUAUGGCGUUUGAGGAGGUCUGCCCUGAACGUGUUGAUUUGAUCCACAAAAACUAUCGCAAAUUGUGUAAUCUCCUGGUGGAUGUUGACGAAUGGGGCCAGGUGAUAAUUAUAAACAUGCUGACCCGUUAUGCCCGCACCCAAUUUGUUGAUCCCAAUGCCGAUGAAGUGUCCGAGGAGGAAAACGCACAAGAAGGCAAUGACAAGAAAUUCUAUGAUGAUUCUGAUUCGCAGUCCAAUGAUGAUAGUGAUGAUGACGAGGCCAAGAAAUCAUCAAAAACGAAAUCGAAACCUAAAAUCAAAUCCCCCAAUUCAUCACCAUCAUCCAGUUAUCAUGUGGAUUUGGAUCAUCGUCUGCUGUUGAGACAAACAAAGCCCCUACUGCAGUCACGUAAUGCCUCUGUGGUAAUGGCGGUGGCCCAACUCUAUCAUCAUGUGGCCCCGCGUCAAGAGGUACAAAUUGUGGCCAAAUCCUUGAUACGUUUGCUGCGUUCCCACAAAGAAGUGCAGAGUGUGGUCCUCACCUGUAUUGCAUCCAUGUCCACGAAGCGUAAGGCGAUCUUUGAGCCUCACAUCAAAUCAUUUUUUGUGCGCACAAGUGAUCCAACCCACAUCAAAUUGCUGAAAUUGGAAAUACUAACGAACUUGGCCUCGGCUGCCAGUAUCUCGCUAAUAUUACGUGAAUUCCAAACCUAUAUAUCGAGUAGUGAUCGUUCAUUUGUGGCCUCUACCAUACAGGCAAUUGGCCGUUGUGCAGCUUCCAUUAAAGAGGUAACCGAAACCUGCCUCAGUGGCUUGGUCCACCUACUCUCCAAUCGUGAUGAACAUGUGGUGGCCGAGAGUGUUAUUGUCAUCAAGAAUCUACUGCAAACCAAGGCUGCCCAACACUAUGAGAUUAUUUCCCAAAUGGCUAAGCUAUUGGAUUUCAUUAAGGUACCCGCUGCAAGGUCUUCGAUUUUAUGGCUCAUUGGGGAGUACAAUGAAAAGGUGCCCAAAAUUGCACCAGAUGUUUUGCGUAAACUAGCCAAAACUUUUGUCGAUGAAGAGGAUGCCGUGAAGCUGCAAGUCCUUAACAUGGCCGUCAAAUUGUAUCUCACCAAUCCGCAACAGACCUCGUUGUUGUGUCAAUACGUCUUCACCCUGGCACGUUAUGAUGUUAACUAUGAUAUACGUGAUCGUGCACGUUUCCUGAAGCAAUUCAUUUUCCCGGUGAACAGUAAGAGUGGUGUCCUCUCCGAGGCAGCCAAAAAGAUAUUUUUAUCUGCCAAACCUGCACCCACAUUGGAGAGUAAAUAUCAUGCACGCAAUAACUAUCAAUUGGGUUCAUUGUCCCAUUACUUGAAUAUGCGCUGUACGGGCUAUAAUGAUUUGCCCAGUUUCCCAGCCGAGGGAUCAGAUCCCACGGUGCGCAAUGUUGAAGGUUUUAUGCAUGAACCGAAAUUUGCUAAUAACCACAAACAGGAAAGGACACCAUUGAAGGACAAUAACAAUAGCAGCAAGCAGGCAAAAACUAAAAAUGCCGCAUUUUAUUCGGAAUCGGAGGGAAAAUCUUCGGAAUAUUCCAAUAAUUCAAGUGGUUCGUCUACAUCGUCAUCAUCUUCUUCGGAGGGUAGUGGUUCAUCGUCAUCAUCUUCUGGCUCGGAAACAGAGUCCGAUAAUGAAAAUGCCAACAAACAACAACAACAAAAAUCAACUACACCAAGUUCCACGAACACAAAACAAGCACAAGUUAAUGCUUUGAAUAAUAAUGCCACGAAGAAAAUAAAUCGUGGUCCAGCAACUGCUUCUGUCUCCUCGGGAAAUCAAGUAGUAAAUAAUGCCAAUGGUUCGGGUACCUCAGAUUCGGAAUCCUCUUCAUCUUAUGGCUCUUCAUCAGGUUCCUCCUCCUCAUCGGAAUCGGCUAGUGAAAGUGAGGGUUCGGACACGGAAUCAGAUUCCGGACAACAUUCCAUUGCCAAGAAGCAUAAUAAUAACAACAAAAGCAGCAAUCAUGCCUCGGGCAGUGAGCAAAAGAAAACUGAGGCCAAAAGUAAUUUGGAUUUGUUAUUGGAUUUAGAUGAUAUACCACCCAUUGGACCGGUAAUGACACCCUCAUUGGGGGGAUUUUUGACACCAGGUGUAAAGAUUUUUUUUUUAAUUUUGGUAAUACAAAUUUUAAUAACCUGCCGUUUAGGUACCCCCAUGACUUCUUUGCAAACAACUUUGUUACCCCAAAAUGCUGCCAAUCGUUUGGAGUUGGUAGGCCCCUCCUACAUUGCCUACAAUCACAAGGAAUUGUUGAACAAACUAUCCGGCCAUGGCCUACAAGUGAGCUAUCGUUAUACCCGAUCACCACAUCUCUAUUCCUCUUCAAUGGUCUCGAUUGAGUUGCAGUUUGUUAAUCAAUCUUCUGAGGAAAUCUGCAAUAUACAAAUGGGACAAAAAUCCCUACCACCUGGUAUGCAAAUGCAAGAAUUUGCCCCCAUCAACCAGCUGCAACCGGGACAAUGUGCAACAAGUAUUUUGGGUGUCGACUUCAAUGAUUCUACACAUGCAAUUGAUUUUGAAAUUACCUCAGAUAAGGGUACAUCGCGCGUGGCCCUGAAACCCAUCAUAGGGGAAUUGAUAAGAUCUGUGCAAAUUUCCGACACCAUGUUCAAGGAGGAACGCCUUAAACUUCGUGGCAUGAAUGAACAUCAGACGAAAUUGAAAUUCAAUCAGGAUGCAAUUAAAUUGGCCACCCUUAAACAGAAAAUAUUUGAAUGCAUUAAUGUGGCCUAUUUGUCGGCGAGGACAGAGGAAAAUCCUGCUCUACACUAUUUUGUGGGCCAGACAAUGACCUCAAAGAGUUUGGUUUUGUUAACUUGUGAUUGGUCCAACAAUGAGGAGCUUCUAAUACAAGUCAAUUGCGAGAAAAUGGUUAUUGGUUCAAUGGUUUUAAAUGAGCUUACAAAUUAUUUGAAUUCUAGUUUGAAAAAUUGAA